AUGUCACUCCAGGUCGGCGACCCACGGUCGCGCGGCCGUUCCACAGGCGGCCGCAUCCGUGACCGUUCCCAUUCUCGCGAUAGUAGACUGCCCUCGCCAGGACCCGAUACUACCAGAUCCUCUUUUCUAAACCCAGACCUCGUGCGCGAACACCUGCGGACGCGCUCCAGGAGCCGAGGUCCGAGCACCAGUCGCGGCCAUCGCAGCAGCUCUCGCUACCGACCUACGGGCUCGGACUCGGACCACGAUGACCGAAGCUACAUCCUGCGCCCCGAACGAAACCGCGACGACUAUUAUCUCUCCGAUGCCGCGGAGAGUAGAUCCGCGAAGCGCAGCAGCAAGUAUACGCGAUCGCCCAACCUUCGCCCCGUCCGUUACGAUGACUCUUCGGAUAAGUCUUUGGAUUCGGAAGAUGACGCCCUUGCCUAUGGAGAUAUACCGGGGAGAACGGAGCGUGAUUACUACGGGUAUGGAGCGUCGCAUCGUGCAUCUUCGUCGCAAGUCGAGGCAGCGCAGAUGUCCGGGGCGUUGAAUGCGGAUCGGCUCUUCAACAAUGGCUCAUCGCGCGCCGAGGAAGAGGUUCCGGGUAGUCAUCCCAGCUAUGCUCGGCCUGGGCCGUACAAGUAUGCGGUGCCCUCCCAGUACGCGCAGGCGCAGCCGGCUUCGCAGUCGAACUGGGCGCCGAUUCCAGAGUGCGAGCGACCGGGCUUUGUACCGCCGACGUCGCAGGCAGAACAAGCAAUGCCCGGUGCCUUCCCCCCAGCGUCGACAUAUCCGGAGCUUUCUUCGCCCACCGUAGCGGCCGGGUUCCCGAUGCCCCAGUAUGCCAAUCUCGAAGGACAGCAGUACGCAACGCGGGGUGGUCGCCCUCUUUCGGUAUCUACCAUCAACGCGUACACACCUUCAUUGGCAUCUCCGACCCAUCAGCGCCAUGCAUCUGACACCUCUGUCCCGGGUUAUGCCAAACCAACCCCUUACCAAUAUGCACAGGUCGACCCUAAGGUCAAGUAUAGCUCCAAAUCCUCGUCCAGUGCCGUGCCAUAUUCCACGCAGCCCCAAUAUCCCAAGGCUGAAAGUAGUCAAGCCCAAUAUUCAAAUAUCCGGUAUUCUGCAACGCCUCAAUUCUCCAAGGCCCAGACCAGCCGCCAGGAUAACGAGCCCCAGUUCGUGGAGAUCACCCCAGGAAGCAGGAAGGGGAACCGUCCGACAAGCCUUUCCGUCUCGUCGGCCAACAAUCUCUCAGUUGCCGGUCCGGAUCCAAAUUUCCGACCGGUCAGUCCUCUACAGGAGCCGUACAAAGGCACAUACCAGAGUAUCUCUCCCAUGCCGUCACCGAUAGUCAUUCCUUCUAAGCUAGACGAGGAUAUCUCUGACCUAGAGCCGCUGGAUGGCGGUUCCGAUACAAGUGGCCGGAGGAAGCAUCGGAGGAUGAAGUCCAAAGACGAGAGAGAGCAGAGAGAUAAAACCACCGAUCGCUCUAAAAGAGACAGUAGCCGCGUUCGACACGAGCGUCACGACUCGGAUAGCCGACAGGCGCUUGUGUUGAUCUCUCCAUCUGCCAGUCGCAAGAAAGUUUCCUUCUAUGACGUCGGUCCCGAUGCGGUUGCCAUGCAGGAAGCUCUUAAUAGCCGCAGUAUCGAUAACAAGACGAUCAUCCGCGUCUUGCCUCAUUUGACUAGCGAGGAAAUGCUGGAACUUCGCAAAGAGUAUAAGAACCACGUGAAGCUGCACGGCAAAGGAAUCAACCUGGCCAAACACAUUCGGCUGAAGCUGGGUAAUAGCGCUUUUGGCAAAGUGUGUUACGCCACGGCGCUAGGCCGCUGGGAAUCCGAGGCAUUCUGGGCCAACUGCUAUUACCAGUCCAGUACGUCGCGACGGGAGCUUCUGAUCGAGUCGCUCUUUGGUCGCAGCAAUAGUGAAAUCCGAGAAAUCAAGGAGUGUUUCCGUGACUCCCGCUAUUCAGACAGCCUGGAGAAAUGCAUGAAGGCGGAACUGAAAGCGGAUAAAUUCCGUCUGGCGGUACUGCUGGCGCUCGAGGAGAACCGCCAGAGUGAGCGGGAUCCUCUUAAUAUGGAUCUUGUCCAUCGCGACGUCGAGGAGCUCAACCGAGCUCUGCUUUCGCGGAGUGGUGGCGAGACCGCAAUGAUUUACAUCAUUGUCCGCCGAAGCGAUUCGCAUUUGCGGGAGGUCCUUCGUGCCUAUGAGAAGGUUUAUAAUCGGAACUUUGCUCGGUCUAUGAUCUCUAAAUCGCAAAAUCUUGUGGGCGAAACACUUGCCCACAUUCUCAAUGGAGUUAUCAAUCGGCCCAUGCGUGAUGCACUUCUGCUUCACCAAGCCCUGCGAGAGUCGCGCACUGGCAAAGAACGAUCCGAACUAUUGAUCUCUCGACUGGUCCGAUUUCACUGGGAACCGCGACAUCUGGACCUGGUGAAGACCGAAUUUCGCCGGCGGUAUGGCGAACGAUUGGAGGAGGCGAUUGCAGAGGAGGUGCUACCGACCAGCGGCGGUACCGAAUGGGGCGAGUUCUGCAUUGAGUUGGCGCGUAGCUCGAAGACGCUUAUGAAGAGGGCUUGA